UAUCAUUUUCAUAUUUUUUCCAGAUUUACUUUGGUAUAACAAUAUAAAAAAAUAUCUUUUUUGAGUAUGAUUCAAAAGAAAUUAUAAAUAUGAGUUUUCUCACUGUGGAUGGACCGAAACCUUCCACCAGUUCGGAAAAAUGUGAUUAUAUAGAAAAUGAGGAUCUCGAGGUGGAUAACUCACAGAGUGUACUACUUAAGAUUGCAAAUUUGUAUGCUGAGCAGUUAAUGAGUGAUUUAGUACUUGAAGUGGGAGGCGUUGAUUAUUCAGCUCAUAGGCUGAUAUUGUGUGCUAGUAGUGAAGUCUUUCAGGUAAUGUUAAUGAACAGGGAAUGGAAUGAGUGGCGUGAAAGCAAGAUAGUAUUGCAGGAGACACCCACAGCUUCGUCAGUCUUUCCACACUUUCUCAAGUAUUUCUAUACAGGACAAAUAAAAAUUUCUUACAACACAGUCUUACCUGUUCUGUCUUUGGCUGACAAAUAUAAUGUCAAGGACUUAGUGUCACUAUGUCUGGAGUACAUGUCCCAACACAUAGCAUUGGCUGCCAAAAAAGGACAAGUGAUCAAUUGGAUGCAGUACACAAUGGCCUGCGGUCAUACCAAUGUUGCUAAGGCGUGUCUAGAUUUUGUGAAAUGGAACAUGGAAUGGGUAUGGUCUCAUGCAGAUCUUUCAGAGCUGGAGGAUGAAACCUUGCUGCUUCUCCUACAGCAGAGCGAUCUUGUUUUGUAUAAUGAAUGCAGUUUGUAUCGGUUCACAGUGGACUGGUUGCACCGGCAGAAACAACGGUUUAGUCAGUCUGAGGAAAAUGCCUGUGAAUGGAAACAGCACUGGGAGACUCUAGUUACCACCGUCUUUUCACACAUUAGGUUCCCUAUGAUGUGUCCGUCCCAGCUGGCCAAGCUGCUGCUGUGCAGUUUGACGCAGGAGUACAAAGAGUUCUUCAUGGAGCAAAUGGCCAUCGCGAUGAGCUACCAGUCAGGUCAAAACGAGCGAGUCGCCGAGAUCCAAGAGAGCGAUCACGGCCGUAUGCUGUUCACUCCGAGGCUUUACACGGAAGACAUUUGGGGUUCGAUUCUCGGCGUGGACAACUUUCAUUCGCUGCCCUGUUAUCAUACGCGCACGUUCAUUUUCUCGACACGGCCCAGCGUGGUGGACGUAGCGCCCGAGCGCCUGAGCGAGUGGACGGUGGAUCUGUACCCGAAGGGGGUCUGGUUCAAGAAGAGUAUGCUCAUCGCCUGGUCCGGGACUUACGACGUCCCCGAAGUGGUCCUCCGCACGGUGCGCAUCUCCAUCACGUGCCAGAGCUGCCCCGACCCUGCGACCGGAGACUUCGAUUGCGAAGACGACGUCAGGGUCAAGGUGGGCGUGCUCGUGUGGGGCGUACAAAACGGCGUAGAACACGUCGCGUCCGUGGUCGAGAGGAUUCAUCGCUUCUCAUCACAAAACAGGGUGCUGAACGUAGAUGGCGCUUUGGAUUUCGACGAACUGAACACGCCGCUCUACACGCCGGCCGCGGCCGCCUCACCGCUCCACAAGCCCUCGGGGCGGUGUUUGAAAUGCACGGAAAAUUGUGACGCACCGGAGCCCAAACAUUUAUUGGGCCCGAAUAGAGAUCAACUGCGGAUCCAAGUGGUGAUCGUGCCUCUGACCGAUUUCUGCCACGUCACUGCGCCGGAUGGAUGACCGCGAGCUCCGUCUCGCUCGCACAUAUAUCGAGCGAAAGAGAUAGCUAUAUCCGCGUCAAAGAAUUUUAAAGCCACGGCGUUUACCACAUAGAAGAUUCAGCUAUUAUGUUUUUGUGUCUGAGCCUCGGAGCUACGUGUGUAUACUUUUGAAAUUGUGUUAUGUAAUUAUACUAUUUACUUACUGGGAGUGAAAACCUUUAAAAAAAUAUUCGUGUUCAAAACAUUUACGGUUGCAACUUAUUAAUGAAAUAAGAUUUUAUGUGUGCAUAAUGUAGAACGAUAUUCUUUAAAUUUGGAAGUUGACUUGGAUUCAGCGACAGUGAUUGAACCCCUGAAUCCUGAAGAAAAAAUUUGUGCCAAAGGCAAAGACAAUUUCGGACUUAUUCUGAAUACAUAAUGGACAAAUGACGCGCGGUUUAGGAAUUUUAUGUGCAAUAACUAAUUCUACUAUACGAUUGUAAUGUUAAUAUUAAUAAAUACAUUUUAAAAAUGA